UCAUUCCCGAAAAACUAGAACGAACGAACACUCGGUUUCUAAAAUAAGACUCGCGGACCUUCAAUAUAGGUUGUGUCAAACGAAUCCGAACUUGCACACUGCACUCGCGCUCCAUACGCUGCUUUCCGUCCUCUUUUAGUGAUGUUUAGUAAUGAAGUGUCUUCGUGUAAAUGCGAUUAUAAAGUGAUUUAGAUCAAAACUAAAAAGAAAAUGGAGCAAUUCGAACAACUGCUGACUUGCGCAAUAUGUCUGGACAGAUACAGGAAUCCCAAGCUGCUUCCCUGCCAGCACAGCUUUUGCAUGGAACCCUGUCUUGAAGGUCUCGUUGAUUACGUGAGGCGGCAGGUAAAAUGUCCAGAAUGUCGCGCCGAACACAGGAUACCUUAUCAAGGAGUCCAGGGAUUUCCUAACAACGUGACGCUACAGCGAUUUUUGGAAUUGCACAUUGAAAUUACUGGCGAACUCCCUGAUCCUACCAGCGGUCAAGUUAUGGAAAGGUGUAACGUUUGCUCCGAAAAGGCCUAUUGUAGUUUUUGCUAUCAUUGUGACAAAAAAAUUUGCGAAGAAUGUAAGGGCGCGCAUAUGGAAAUUCUGAAAAGAGAAAUAUCGAGAAUAAACAAUCAAGUACGAAGAGGUAUCCAUAGACUGCAAGACAGUCUUUCCCUGGUAGAAAAGAACACCCAAAACAUCCAAACCAACUGUCUUUCAGUGAGUGAAGAAAUUGAAGAGAUUUAUAGGAGACUCAACAAAGCCCUCAAAGAUCGUACGGAAUAUUUACGAGGGGAAAUUGACCGAUAUUUAGGCACCGAAUUGCGAACACUCACAAGCUUGAAAGAAAAUUUGGAACAAGAAAUAGCUAACAUAGUAAGCAAUUGCGAUUUAGCCGAUAAACAUAUGAACGAAAACGUCGACAUUUGGGACGAUUGCGAGUUAAUGGAUACUAAGGAAAUAUUUCUUAAAACUAUAGAAUUUAUUCGUAAUUUUGAGUACGAAAAUACUGACUAUUCCAGAAGAAUUCGAUUGGUUUUGGCUCAUGAUCCAAAUCAGUUGGUUUUGCAUGUUGCGGGCUUCGGCGACCUUAAUAUUUCAAACACUAAUAAUCCGUUUUCUCAAGGAACUAGUACCGGAUUGUUACAACCUCCAGGACCUGGUCUUAUGAGAUCUAAAAGUGACCAUAGACUAGCGUUCCGUAACCAAGAUCAAGGCUAUGGAGAGAGAAAUUACGGAGAGCAAGAUAACGAACAAGUACUAAGUGGACGGAAAUUCGGAGAACGACAGCAAAAGAGCGAUAAGUAUGGCUCGGGCUAUGGCCGUGGGGGUGAAUAUGGUGGGGACGACUACGAUCAUGAAGGAACUCGUUCUGCAAGAUCUAAAUAUAGUAGCAGAUUUAGACGGCGAAAUACUAUGGCGGAAGAUGACUCCGAUAACGAGUCAAGAAAUGUCAGAUUCCACGAACAACAACCAAAAACAAAUAACGAAAGAGAAAGGCCUCUUGACACCGAGGAUGUCACUAGAGGCCCGCUAAGUGGCAUCACUAGGCUAGCAGACUCUCCUAGAGUAAUGAAAAAGUUACAAGAAAAUCCAACAGGAAAAAAAAAGGAGAAGGAAGCUCCACCUGCUCCACCGAAACAACCACAAGUAGUACCUAAAAGGCAACCACCCCCGGCUACUCGCCAAGUGAGUGAAGACGACGAAAUUGCUAAAAUUAAAAAGCAAAAUAAAGGGGCUACUACGUCUACUGAACCUGUCACUGAAACUACAAGGCCUACAGUUGAAGAAAGACAUCCAGUUCAACAAAGGAAGACACCCGCCCCCGAGGCUCAAUCCAGCGCAGAAGACUCUGAAGAAUCAUCAGUGAGCGCUCAUCAGCAUCAACAAAGACAAAAUGUUCCACCAAAAACGGUGCCGCAACCAACUACUAGGAGAUCAUCAGAGAGCGCUCACAAGAAAUCCGCAAGAUCUGCUAGCAGCGAUUCUAGCUCGUCUGCAGAGUCUUCUUCGUCUUCAGCAGUUCGUAGUACGGGUGCCCCAUUUACGACUGAGGAAGUGAAACAAAAAUAUUUAUCGAGAAGUGAAGCUCCAACAGAGACACGCAGCAGAACUGCAUCUACUGGAGCGAAUAAAGAACCAGUAGCACAGUUAACAAAACCUUUUCAAAGCAGGUUUCUAAACAAACCAGCCACUGUGCCGCCACCACCACAAAGUAAAAAAGACGAAGAAGAGUCAGAAACGAGUUCAGAAGAAGAAACGGAAACUGAAGAAGAAUCCGAUGAGCCGUCAAGUAAGAAAUCGGAUGAAAAAAUGGCAAAAACUGAUAUUGGCCCACUACUAGCUCGCAGCGCUCAUGCUCGGGAUUCUUCUAGCUCUGAUCACUUACGCAAAAAAGAAGAAUCUCCAAUAAAUAGAUCGAAUUAUUCUACGUCAGAAGAACCUUCGACCAGAUAUGGAAGCAAAAGGCGAACAACUAUUACCUCCGAAGAAGAACCUCCCCGAUACGGUUAUACAAGUCGUUUUUUAAAUAAAAGUAAAAGUUCUGCCGCCAUAGCGCAAGAUGACGAUGACUAUACUUCAAGAUACACCACACCGACAAAUGAUGAAGGAAGUAAAUAUCCUGCUACUGGUCGAUCUAGAUAUAUGGCCCUAAAGGAUCGUCGACAGCGACUUGCGCGUAGUCGUAGUAGCCAGCAAUUCGGAGAUGGGGAAGAUGAGACUGAGGAUGCAGGAGUCACCACUCCAAUUUCUCCCACCACUUCAAACCCCACAGCCUACUUAGCAUCGCGAGGUUAUGGUACCUCAGCCUCUGCACAUGAUCUAGCCCGCAGCCGUUCUACGCACGCUCUUAAAUCCAGAGAUAAUUCUCCUGAAAGGUCAUCUGCGUCGGCGAUAGAAAAAGACGGAGCCGCAUUAAGUUCCUGGGCCCGGUAUUUAAAGAAUAAAUACGGCAACAGAAGCGGAGCCAAAGAUAAAGACUCGACUGCUAGUGGCGGCAAUUCUCAAGCAUCCGCCAGUUCGUCUUCUGCGGCGAGAAGGCUCUCUUUGGGCCUUCCCCUAAGAUCUUCUACUGAUUUAGCUAGCUCUGACGACGACGGUCAAAAAAACAUGCAAGGCUCCCCCACUACCCCUACAGCGGCUACGGCAGCGGCAGCCGAUAUCGCGGCAGCAGCAGCAGGUACUUCCCCUAGAAGCAAGUACUUGCAGAAAUGCCAACAGCUGUUCCAAAUUGGUAGCCGGGGGAGCGAAGCCGGAUGCUUCACAUGGCCACGCGGCGUAGCAGUCGGGCCUGAUAACUCCAUUAUUGUAGCUGAUUCUUCCAAUCAUCGCGUGCAGGUAUUUGACUCACGUGGCCGUUUUCUAAAAGAAUUCGGACAGUAUGGUAGUGGAGAAGGAGAAUUUGAUUGUCUAGCAGGCGUAGCCGUCAACAGAAUUGGUCAAUACAUUAUUGCUGACCGAUAUAAUCAUAGGAUUCAGGUAUUCGAUCCAUCUGGUAGAUUUCUACGGUCAUUUGGAAGUCAAGGUACCGCAGACGGAAGAUUUAACUACCCGUGGGGCCUUGCAACUGACGCGUUAGGAUUCAUCUACGUAUGUGACAAAGAAAACCAUAGAAUACAGGUCUUUCAAUCAGACGGAACCUUCGUGGGCAAAUUUGGUUCAAUGGGUAGCAAAGAGGGUCAACUGGAACACCCACACUACAUCGCAGUCUCCAACACAAAUCGAGUUAUCGUAUCAGACUCCAACAAUCACCGAAUUCAAGUAUUCGACGUGAAUGGUAAAGUGCUUACAUCUUUUGGUACUGAAGGGUCCGAGGAAGGAGAGUUCAAAUUCCCGAGAGGCGUAGCUGUCGAUGACCAGGGGUAUAUAUGCGUAGCAGACUCAGGAAACAACCGAAUCCAGAUUUUCCAUUCAGAUGGUACUUUUUUGAGAGCGCUUGGUUGCUGGGGUUCACAAAAGGGAGAAUUCAAAGGCCUGGAAGGAGUAGCGAUGACACCUGAUGGUCACAUUCUGGUGUGUGAUCGGGAAAAUCAUAGAAUUCAAGUGUUUUAAAAUGUCUUCAAAUCUAACUAAAUCUAACUUAUCUUUUUUUUUCAAUUAUUACAUAAUAUUUUGUGCCUAUAUAUAUAUUAAUAAACUUACCUAUUUGCAUUUCUUUAAUUCAGGUUAUUUAACUAUUUAUGUAUUUCAAUU